AUGGCGCCAGCACCUAUUAUUAAAUCUGUGGCUCCGCUCCAUGUCGGCCAAUUCUUAUUUGUACGCAUCGAAACAGAAGACGGCAUUGUUGGCUGGGGAGAAUCGGGAGUAUGGGGUCACAUUGAAGCUGGCGCGACGGCAGUUAGUCGGUUUGCCGAAUACCUGGUAAACAAGCCGGCUUUCGACAUUGAGCACCACUGGAACGUCAUGCACCGUUUCAGUUAUUUCCAGGGAAUGGCCAUCAAUGCCGCUAUUUCAGGCAUAGACAUCGCCUUGUGGGAUAUCAAGGGCAAGGCUCUCGGCGUCCCUGUUUGGCAGCUCCUGGGAGGAGCAUGUCGGCAGAAGGCGAGGGUGUAUGGACACAUCUACGAGAAGACUAUAGAAGCCGUCCUCGAAGAGUGCAAGAGGAAGAAGGAGCUGGGUUAUACUGCAUUUGGACACAUCAACCCAUUCCUGGAUGAAGGCCACGACCAAGUCUACUUCAAGCCCCAUGUCAAGAAGAUGCAGGACGCGGCCGACAACGUGCGAAGAAUGCGAGAGGUUGUUGGUGACCAAGUCGACCUUUUGGUCGAACUCCACCGCCGGCUGACUCCCGCUGAAGCCGUCACCUUCACCAACAUGAUCAAAGACUACAACCCGAUGUUUGUCGAGGAUCCCAUCCGUCCGGAGAGCGCAGAUGCCAUGGCCCGUGUCGCAGACCGUAUUGCUGUGCCCAUCGCCACGGGAGAGAGAUUCAGCACCAUCUACGAGUUCCAAGCUCUACUUUCGCGCAACGCGCUCGAGUACGUUCGUGUUGAUGUGGCUCUUUGUGGAGGCAUUACGGGGGCGAAGAAAGUUGCUGCCAUGGCCGAGGCCCACAACGUCCAAGUCGUACCGCACAACCCACUUUCACCCAUCGGCCUAGCCGCCUGCCUCCAAAUCGCCGCCUGCAUACCCAACUUUGCGAUUCAGGAAUAUGCCACUGGUUUCGAGAGCGGCGUAUUCACAUCGUCUCUGGAGCAUCUAGGAAGCAAUGUGGUGGACUUUGUUCCAAAGGUCGAGAAGGGCUUUGUCGACAUUCCAACACGCCCGGGAAUCGGUAUCAAUGUUCUCGACAAUGCAAAGGAGAUCCGGCCGCCAUACAAGCAAAAUAUGCAUAUGAGACCUCACUACGAUGGUUUUGUUGUGGAUCAGUAG